UUUCAGGAUUUUGGGUAAGAAUCACUGUAGCCGUUCGCCAUUACUGUUACGGUGCCAUUUCAACCCUCAAAAGCUUCAAUCAAGACAUAAGAUCAUCUCAUGCCCAAAUCUGUGUGGAGCCGAUAUUCAACUUCAGAUCAUCUUAUUACAUUACCUUAUGGUGCGGGCAUUCAAUGAAACUCUUGCGCCUACUCUAAUCAAAUUUGAAAGGCAUAGACUGCAUAUAGCCAAAGUUUUGAUCCUCAAGUGCAUAAUUGAUGCUUAGAACUUCUUCACUGGACUUUCCUGAUUGCUUGUAAAACGUACUGUAAUUACUCAAGGAGGUUUGUAGACAUCGUGGAAAGAAGAUGGAAGUUGACAGUAAUGGACCAGAAACACGUGCUCUAACUCCAUUGAGAAUCUUAAGGGGUGUGUGUUGUUUACUGGUGCUGCUUUCAACAGCGUUUGUGAUUUUGGUCUACUGUGGUUUUCUCACAGCUGUUAUCUUGAGACUUUUUAGUAUACAUUACAGCAGAAAAGCAACGGCAUUUUUCUUUGGCAGCUGGCUAGCUUUGUGGCCUUUGCUAUUUGAGAAGAUAAAUAAAACCAAAGUAAUUUUUUCUGGAGAAAGUGUUCCUGCAAGGGAGAGAGUGUUAAUCAUUGCCAACCACAGAACUGAAGUUGACUGGAUGUACUUGUGGGAUCUUGCCUUGCGGAAGGGACGUUUAGGAUACAUUAAAUACAUUCUCAAGAGCAGUUUGAUGAAGCUGCCUGUAUUUGGUUGGGCAUUUCAGAUUUUGGAGUUCAUUUCGGUGGAGAGAAAGUGGGAGGUAGACGAGUCACCUAUGCGCCAGAUGCUUUCAACCUUUAAGAAUCAUCAAGAUCCUCUUUGGCUUGCUGUUUUUCCUGAGGGCACUGACUUCACUGAACAGAAGUGCAUUCGUAGCCAGAAAUUUGCUUCUGAAAAUGGGCUACCUAUUUUACAUAAUGUCCUGCUCCCGAAAACAAAGGGUUUUGCUGCCUGUGUGGAGGAACUGAGGGGCUGCUUGGAUGCAGUUUAUGACAUCACCAUUGGCUACAAAUACCGUUGCCCAACUUUCUUAGAUAAUGCCUUCGGCGUGGCCCCAUCUGAAGUUCAUAUCCAUGUUCGGCGUAUUAUCGCAAACGACAUCCCAGCAUCUGAAGAAAUGGUUGGUUCUUGGUUAAUGGAUACAUUCUCCAGAAAGGAUAAAUUGCUCGUAGAUUUUCAGUCGCGUGGCUGUUUCCCUCACCAAGGAACAGAAGGAGAUCUUCCCACUAUAUCGUGCCUAGUUAACGCUUUUGGAGUAAUCAUCUUUACCUCCAUCUGCAUGUUCUUAACCUUUUUCUCAUCUGUCUGGUUCAAAGCAUACAUAGUCUUGGUGUGUGCAUAUCUAGGAUCAGCUACCUACUUUAAUAUCCGACCGGAUCCUAUUUUUGCCUUGUGAAAGCUCGCUUUAUGUAUCCAAUAGACAAAUUGUUGGAACCAAUAUCUGGUUCGAUAAUAAUAUGGGUAUCUCCACCCA